ACAAGGAGUAACCAUGCGACUUGUUUUAAGUCUGCUAUUGGCUCAUGUUGGGCUCGUAGUGGCCAAAAAUACAUACAUCGCAACUGUACCGAAACAGAUAAGAGCUGGAGCAUCCGCUAGAAUUUGUUUAUCAGCUUUAAAGAGAAGUGAUAGAAAAGUGACAAUUUUUGCAACUAUACUAGACAAAGAAAACAAAACAAUAGCCAGUACACAGGCACAACGCGUGUUACGUCAGGGACAAGGAGUUGUUCAUAUAAAAGUACCAGGAAACACCCCCGCAGGAUAUGAUUACAAGAUCCGAGUGCGCGUUAUCGGUGAUAUUACAUUUGACCAAACUGCUACAAGAGUCCAAGUUUCAAGCAAAGUGUCGUCCAUUUUUAUCCAGACUGACAAAGCCAUUUACAAACCAGGAGAUCUAGUUCAGUUUAGAGUUUUUGGUAUUAAUACAAGAUUAAAAGUUCUCACAGCUCCUUUGACAAUUUAUAUACAAGAUCCCAAAAGAAAUAGAGUAAAACAAUUUCUGAAUGUUCGUCCAUCGUUUGGUGUAUUUGCCGGGACAUUCCAAUUAUCUACAUUGACAAAUCUGGGAAGCUGGACAAUCAGAGUGGAGCAAAAGAGAGAAAAGAGCACUAAGUAUUUUGAGGUGGAACGGUUUGUUCUACCUAAAUUUGAAGUGAACGUUGUAUUGCCUCAAUUUGAACUGAAAACAGACAGAUUUUUCAAAGUAACUAUUAACGCACUGUACACUUUUGGGAAGCCAGUUCAAGGUGAUGCAGAAUUGACUAUCAAACGUCGAUGGGGACGAAAUACUAAAGAUCAGAUUGUAAAGAAAUUCAAGAUAAAUGGAAAAGCUACAAUCCGAGUUUUGAUGAGUGAAAUUGUACCGAAACUGGGAACUUACAUAGAAGUUAUAGCUAAAGUAACAGAAUCAAUUACAGGCAUCUCAGCAAAUGAUACAGGAAAUGUCCAAAUCUAUGACACACCAGAAAAACUUACGUUUUCCUCAAGUAUGUCUAGCAAUUUCAAACCUGGAUUGGACUAUACAAUAAUAUUAAGAGCCACACAGAGAGACGACAGUCCAUUAAAACCACCAUUGGGAUUUGUAAACAUCACGGUAACGUAUACAGUGCCUGGUAAACAGAAACCACAGCCUGGGCCGCAAGGGGCGCCUGGAUCUCGUGGUGAUCAGAUUAGGCCUAUUCCGUCAUUUCCACCACCAAUAAACACAGACAGUAAAGUAUUGUGGACACGUUUGGAACAGAUCCCAGAAUCAGGAAUAAUUGUACUCUCAGCUAAAUUCCCUAAAGCAGCACAGUCUGGUAUAAUAGAGGCUGUCUAUCGCAAAUCGAGAGCGUCCAGAUAUUUGUCCCGUGCAGAAUCCCCUAGCAGAAACUACAUACAAGUUGAAGUUAAAAAUAACCAAAAAGCUCAGCCUGGUCAGAGAUUACCAUUGGUUAUAAAAGUAACAGAAAUGAUCCGCUUCUGCAAUUACAAAGUUUUUUCAAAAGGAUCACUUGUACAAAAUGGACGAUUCGGUAUGAGAAACAGAAAGCAGCAUGAUCAUACCCUCAGAAUCAAUUAUGCAAUGAUUCCUCAAGCAAAGUUACUGAUUUACUAUGUAAGACGACGAAAUGGCGAAGUUGUAGCUGAUGCCAUUACGUUUCCUAUUGAGGAUAUAUUCAAAAAUAAAGUGAACAUUAACUUCAACACAAGACGAGCUAAGCCAGGUGAUGACGUAGAAGUCGGAUUGACAGCGGAUCCAAACUCAUUAGUCAAUGUUCUAGCAGUCGAUAAAAGUGUUCUAUUAUUGAAAUCAGGAAAUGAUAUCACUUCACAAGAUGUAUUGAAUGAACUUCAAAGUUAUGGCAACUCGGGAUUCUUUUCAAGAAGUAGUUGGGACUUCUGGUUACCAAGACCUGUUUACGGCAGGGAUGCAUUCUCGAUUUUUAAUGGAGCUGGUGUUUAUGUAUUAACAGAUGCUUUGCUUUAUCAGUAUAUUCCUCCACAAUCCGUGCGAAUGUUUUCUUCUGGACACCGUGGCCAACCUGGACCCUCUGCAUCCUUCGCUGAUGAUGGUGGAGGGGGCUUAGGAGGGGGCUUAGGAGGGGGCGCUGCAGGAUUCGCAGGAAGUGGCAGUCUUGCUAGUCCCACACGAACACGGAAGAAUUUUCCAGAAACAUGGUUGUGGGUAAACAGCACUACAGGUUCGGAUGGAACUGCAACAAUAAGAACAACAGCUCCGGAUACUAUUACAGAAUGGAUUGCAUCAGCAUUUGCUGUUAAUCCAAACACCGGUCUCGGAGUUGCUGCAAAUACUGCAAAUUUAACAACUUUCCAAAGGUUUUUCAUGCGCUUUGAACUUCCGUAUUCUGCCAUACGAGGGGAGGUUAUUAUAGUUCAAGCCACAGUAUUCAAUUACUUAGACCAAGAUCAACAGGUUUCUGUAAAGCUUGCUAACAAUGUUAACUUUACCUUUGUUGAUGCUAACGGAAACGACUUCAAUCCAGGCCCAGACGGGUGGACAAAGUCUGUGUUAGUGAAGGAAGACAGUGUGGCGUCUGUAUAUUUUCCUCUCAAACCAACAGCUCUUGGUAAAAUACUUUUGGACGGAACUGCAAGAUCUACUAUUGGAGCCGACGCUGUACAGCGUGAAUUCCUAAUAGAGGCCGAAGGUAUCAAACAAAACUACAACGUUCCAUUACUUAUUGACCUCCGACAAGGGGGAAGGGUUCGUGAGACCAUUUCUUUGUCUUUCCCGCCAAAUCUUGUUGAAGAUUCAGAAUUUAUCAAAAUUCAAGUUAUUGGUGACCUAUUAGGGGCAACACUAGCCGGCCUGGAGGAUCUCCUUCAGAUUUCAUACGGCUGUGGAGAACAGAACAUGAUCAGAUUCGCUCCAAAUGUUUACGUCAGCUCUUACCUGAAAACAACAAACAGACUUACAAAUGAUGUACGAAAUAGAGUAGAGAGCAUUUUAGAGGGAGGUUAUCAAAGAGAACUGUCCUAUGUUCAUGAUGAUGGAUCUUUCAGCGCUUUUGGAAACAACGAUAAAAGUGGAACUACCUGGUUGACUGCUUUUGUGAUCAAAUCGUUUUCACAAGCUGUAAGUUUUACCUAUAUUGAUAUCAAUGUCAUAACAAAGGCUGUUCAAUGGAUAAUUAAGCAACAAGAAACAUCCGGGGCCUUUAACGAACCAGGAAUUGUUCUUCACAAGGAAAUGCAGGGAGGAUCAGUGUCUAGUAAAAGAAGUCUGACUGCAUUUGUCCUCAUAGCACUUCUUGAAGCACGAGAUAUUAAUCUAGUAGCCAAGGAGGUACAGAAGAGUGUAACCGAUUCUAUAAAUAAAGCAGUUACAUUUGUGGCAAACGGUGCACCUGCAUCCAUUGCUAAUAUUUAUGAACUUGCUAUAUCAUUCUAUGCAUUAUCUCUGGCGAAACAUUCGAUAGCAAGUGCAAUUUUGGCAGAACUUGAGAAACAGGCAAAGGUCAAUGGCGGUGAAAAAUAUUGGACUUUACCUGAAACCGAAGCUGACAAACUGCAACCUUGGAAAACCUGGAGACCACCCCAAACUAAAGUUAGAGCUAUAGAUGUCGAAAUGACCUCUUAUAUACUGUUAGGAUACAAUCUGAAGGACGAUACAGACAACGGCAUUCGAAUAAUGAAAUGGUUAGGUAGACAAAGAAACCCACGAGGGGGGUUCAUUUCUACACAGGACACAGUUAUAGCAAUUCAAGCACUGUCAGGGUUGGGAGAAAAGAUUUACGUGCCUAAUUUUCAAAUGAGUGUAAAUACUGUUGGUGACACGUGGACUCAAGGAAAAACAUUUGAUGUAAACAACAGGAAUGCUCUGGUGCUACAAAUAGAAGAUAUUCCAAAUACAGUACGAAGUGUAUCGGUGAAUGCUAAUGGAAAAGGACUGUGUCUUAUGGAGGUUGCAGUUUAUUUCAAUGUUAACAACGACUUACGAGAGCCAGCAUUUGCUCUAACAACAACAGUACUCAAUGACUCAACUAAAGGAUUCAGACUCAGAGUUUGCUUCAAUUGGUUAAGAGGAGGACAGAGUACUAUGGGUAUAUUAGAAAUAUCUUUACCAUCUGGAAUGGAAGCUGACUUAGACUCAAUCGAUACUACCAAUACAGGAGGACAGUACAAAAAAGUGGAGAAGGCUUUCCGCCAAAUUAAUUUAUAUUUUGAUACGAUUUUGUCAGAGCAAAUGUGUAUUGAAGUCGACAUUAGGAGGGUUGCACUGGUUGCUCGACAUAAACCUGUAUGGGUCAAAUUGAGGGAAUAUUAUGAGCCAAGUAAUGAAGUUGUCAAGUUUUACCAAUCGAAAGCUCUUGCAAAUGCUACCAUUAUAGAAGUGUGUGGUCCGAACAAUUGUGAAGAAGUGAAGAGACGAUAAUCCUGAAAUACGAGAAAGGAAAAAGUUUUCCAAACAAUCUUUAGAUAUUAUUUUUCUUUUUAUAUACAUAAAUAGAAAUUGGGUUUUACAGGAUAUCUUAUGUCAAGCAUUAUAUUCAAAAAUGUAUAACUUGUACUUGAAAAUCCUAAAGCGGAUCUGUGAUUGUAUCAACUGUUGCUACAUGUUGUUUAAA